CAGGAAGUGAAACUGAGGAAAAUACAGCUCGGGAUGAGAGGAUAGGAGACGGAGAUCCGCGUCUGCGAAGAGCCUGACAGAGCUGCCGGUACGCCGUGCAAACACACAGGCAGCAAGAAUGAUCAUCAAGGAGUUCCGGGUGAUCCUGCCAGUUUCUGUGGAGGAGUACCAGGUGGGCCAGCUGUACUCGGUGGCCGAGGCCAGUAAGAAUGAGACCGGGGGCGGCGAGGGCGUGGAGGUGCUGAAGAACGAGCCGUACGAGAAGGAUGGUGAAAGGGCUGAGUUUGACAGUGUCUCUCUCUUUGUCCUUAGUAAAGUCCCCAAAUUUGUAAGGAUGCUGGCCCCGGAUUCUGCACUCAACAUCCAUGAGAAAGCCUGGAAUGCCUAUCCCUACUGCCGCACUGUCAUUACUAACGAGUACAUGAAGGACAACUUCCUCAUCAAAAUCGAGACCUGGCACAAACCUGACAAUGGCACUCAGGAGAAUGUACAUGGGCUGGACCCGGACACCUGGAAGAACGUGGAGGUUGUGCACAUUGACAUCGCCGACCGCAACCAGGUUAACGCAAAGGAUUACAAACCAGAUGAGGACCCCGCCAAGUUCAAAUCGGUGAAGACGGGCCGUGGGCCGCUGGGACCCAAUUGGAAGAAAGAGCUGCCUCAGAAGACAGACUGCCCGCACAUGUGUGCCUACAAGCUGGUGACGGUGAAGUUCAAGUGGUGGGGCCUGCAGAACAAAGUCGAGAACUUCAUCCAGAAGCAAGAGAAGCGUCUCUUUACGAAUUUCCACCGGCAGCUGUUCUGCUGGAUCGACAGGUGGAUUGAGCUCACCAUGGAUGACAUCCGCCGCAUGGAGGAGGAGACCAAGAGAGAGCUGGACGAGAUGCGAGUACGGGACCCGGUAAAGGGCAUGACGGCUACAGAAGACUGAGAGCACAGAUGGAGACUGAUCUGUACAACACACCAGCGACACAGCCCUACCUAUUUUUACUGGCACAAUUUUGGAUCUACCCGGCUGUUUCUCUUUCCUGCCCCAGGGUAUCCAACCGGAGCUCCUAGCUCUGUCUCCCUACCUGCCCCUGAGGCUGAGGUGACCUGAUAGACAAACUAGCAAUCGAUUUAAAAACACCUGUUCAGGCUACACAAUAUAUAUGCACCACAUUUCAGCACAGUAUGAAAGAAAAAACAAAAAGGUGAUCUUUAAAGAAAUUAAUGAUGUAAUAAUUAUUGCUAAUAAAUAUAUAUAUAUACCAGUAUAUUGAAUUACUACUAGAGAGAUAUCAGUUUUGAUGUUAUAAUUGUUUGUAUUCUUCUGUGUUUUUUGGACCAAGCUGAAUUUGUUUAAUUUUGGACUUUCUUGUGGAUUUUUUUUUUACUGAUUUUUUUGUUUUCCUUUUUCUAGAAGCACUACUUAUAUUGUGGAGUUGUAAGUUAGUCGUUUUUGUUGUUCGGUUUAAAUGAGACAAGAACAGAUACACACGUCCCACAGUGGUCAGCUGGCUCUCUGCUCACAUCUGACACUCAUGGUGGUUGAAGCCUUCGUCUCCCCCGAGUCUCUGUCAGCUGGGAUCAGAGGCUGAGGCGCGGUCUCAGUGAGGUUAGUCUCCCCACUGGACUUGGAUUCAACACAAGAAGUGUCUGCCCAGCCCUGUGCAUGUCAGCAGCUGGGCUCCAGAGGCUUCCCCAGGGGCGCUGGGCAUCAGGACCAGAUUAUCUCACUCUUCCUUCCCCUUUACGAGGGGAACCCCAGAGCCCGACAGAUUUAGGAACACCCCAAUUUCAUCUGUCUCUAUGUGUAACACAAAGCAUCAUUUUCAUUUGAAACCCAUGCAGUCCACCUGUAAUACUCAGUCCUUCAAGUGUAAAAGGUUUGUGCCCCAGACGGACAGAAAGGCUGAACUAAGUCACACUUGCGUUAUUGUCCAAAGCAAACAAAACAAAUUAUUUUUUCUGUAGAGUUCCUGUUUAUCUGACCUUAUAUUACAUAUUGCGCUGAUUUCUUGUCUGGUUCCGCAUACAUAUGCGAGUGGGUGUGUACAGUGUACGCGUGCAAAACCUUUGCAUUUGUGUUUAUCUGGUUGCUGUCACACUAAUUGUACAAGACUCACUGAGAGCACGAUUCAGAUGUGAACCUGUCCCUUGUGCAGAGUGUGUACACUGUACACGUUUGUAUGUCUGUGUUUCGGAUCUGAAGAUUUUGUGUGUAUUUAAGUACAUAGGUCCAUACAGUAUGUGUUUGUGUAUAGUGGUCUAUGUAAGUGUUUACAGUUACAAAAAACAGUUUACAUUACAAUUAGCACACUGUUGGGUCUGCACAGUAAAUACAGGCAUUCAGAAUAUUCUGAUCUUGCCUUUGGUUACCUUGUUGGAUUCCAUUGAUCUCGUCAGAUUUGUGGGAUGGGUGACAGACACUGAGGACCCUCAGAACAACCCCCUGUUCGCCACCUCUGACACUGUGGGGACAGAGAAUAAAACUACCACAGAGCUUUCAUACCACUGAAAUAAGCCAUCAGCCACAUCUGGCCAGAGGAGCUGCUUUGAAAGAAAUUCAAAGCCACAUUCCACGUACAGUAAUGCUGUUCAAACAUUGUUCAUUAUUACUGAACUACAAAUCCACCUACUGAAUUAAUAUGCCCAAUAUCUGCAGUGCCCCAAACUGUUCCUCCGAAUUGGAAUGGUAUCAGCCUAUAGAUGUUCUGCUUUUGACAGCUUAGGCAUCUGCAAAUGAUAUAUUUACCAGUCCAUUCAGCUCUCGGACAUUGUAUUCCUCAGACUUACAAUAAAUUCAGAUGGGCCGUACUCCUGAAUGGGGAGUACAGUCGAACUUCUGAGGGUCUCAUUGCAGUUUUCAGUAAACAAUGGCAAACAUCCUACAAUCUGAGAAUGCUACUGAAGAUACAAUGCCCUGAAAGCAUCAGUGAUGGUUUUUCCGUAUCGCCUGGAAAGGUGGGAGUGGUCUAUGGCACACGGGCUGAGGGCUUUUCUGGGUGUUGGUAGUCUAUAGUGGGAGCCAUCAGACUGCAGUGUAACAGGGUAGAUCUGCAGUAUUUUUAACUCCACUUGGAAAAAGGUGGUUAAAGUCCAUUUUUAUUUUGUUAACGCAAGAUUGCAAUGCAUUUACAAAGAAGCAGAAAUUGAUGUUUUAUUGUUCAGAAUUGUUUAGAUGUAAGACAUCGGUGAUGUGGGGUAGAGGUUUACUAUUUCUGAAGCCAGUUGUAGUCUGUCAGAUUGCCUUACUCUUUUUUCCUUCCUUGUCCCAUAAGUGCAAUAACUUCCAGAACUGUUGGACUUUUCAUUAACAUUUCCCUUGUAGGUAACUUGUGUGUGGUAGUCCAGUUAUUUUUGUCACUUGUUCUUUACUUAAAAGACUUGCUAGGUUUUGAUGAGGUUUCAACAGAUACUCCUCAUGCCUCCCUGUUCAUUCUACUAACGGCACAACCUCCAGACCUCAACCCCUCUUGCCAGAAGACAUGGUUGAAGGGAUCUUGGCCAGUCUGGGAUAUGUGCAGUCUUACUGCAUCUGUUACUUGACUACCGGAUACUCGUGUGCCCAGGUCCCAGCCUGUUUCACAGUGUUAUGGCAGUGAGGCUGCACAUGAUGGUCUAAGCUUGAAUAUCACGUGUUUCUUAAACUUAGAAAGAGCUAAAUCUUGUAUAAGGGCAGGAUUUUUGGCAUUAGUUACAAAUUCACUUUGAUUCUAUUUCUGACACUGUGAUUUCAGUCAGAACACUACAUCCGCUUGAACACAGAGGAACCUCUUCUUUCCAGCCUGCAAAGAUGGGAGAGAGGAGCACCAGCAAGGUGUUUGUGAUGUUUGUGCAAAGCUUUUACUCUAAAAAAUCAUUUUCAAUAUUCAACUAUUAAUAAAAAUAAAAACGGGAUCAGAUUUUUGUCUGUUUAAUCUAAAAGACGUUCUUGAAUUCCUGAAAAGGCUCUUCGAGUCAAGUGGGUAGACUGUUUCAGUGAGAGUUCACAGUUGGAUUGAGGAGCAGGAGACACACAUCUAUUAUCUUACUGGCCAGAACAGCCCUCAGAUCUCCGUUCCAGAGCAAGAGGAUCACGGGGUCUUUGUCUCCCCUCAGGGCAAUCGUGCUGGAAGCAUGGUGCACUGGAAUGGGUUGGCAAAGCUCUUAACCCUCUCUGGAGCUGUACUUACAUGCCAUGUCCUGUUGAGGGGACUCUCCCUGCUCAUGUCUAGCUGCCCACUAGAUUUCUGCUCUCCCACUUGACACCUCUCUGGAGAGAAGGAACGACGCUUUGUGAGAUAGCAGCAUCUCCUCCUUUACUAUUCCUUUGGCUUUGCAAAAACAUGUUAUUACUGUAAAAGUAAAUGGUUUCAGGCUUGUCAAGUGCUGCUCUGCAGUGCACCAAUGACUUUACUGUAAAACUACAGGUUGUGUUUUAACAACAGCUUAAUCAAUUUCGUUUCGGUGCUGUCUUGGGUGGUUCCUCUCCGUGUGAAAAAGGAGUGAGGCGGACAUUCGCGGACGCCUGUCUGAGCAAUAAUUCUUCUUAAACCAAGUCCUCGCUUUGAUUUCUCAGACAAUUAAUCUCCAUCUCAAUCUCAACAGUCACAUACCAGUCUGAGGCAAUAGUUACCCUGAAGUACAAUCCUGCGUCCCUGUUCUGGGUAUCCAGCAUGCUUGGAGGUACAGGAGCCGCGGGAUUAUUCAAGUUUGCGGAGUCAGGUCUGAGCAUGAGUUGAAAAGCUUGGAAAAAAAAACAAAAAAAGAAUGUAUAAGGUUCUGCUGAGUGAGUAAAGAAGUGUUAGGAGUAAUGUGAUGUGGGAACUCAGUAACAAGAUGAUAUUUCUAGAGUUUAUACCCACACGAUAUCCCAGUGGCCACAGACCCUGUGGAUAUCCCAUUCCUGUACAACCUCCUUCGGAGUGUUUUUCCAAUUUCUUUGGGAACCUCCUCAAACUACACAUUGAGCAAAUAACCUGAACUAAAACAUUGUAAAUGGCAGUAGAAUGUCUAGUUCUAAAAAGCCUACAAAAAUGCAAAUGUAUUGUAUAUUGCAUAUGAAGAAUAUGUAUUUCAUGGGUAUAUAAAAUAGUAGAUUUUAACUUAUAUGUACCACGCAGAGUUAGGAGUGUUGUUCAGAUGGUUCUGCUUUCUAGUGUUCAACAACUAGGACUAAUUAAUAUUCACAUUUCAUCACGGCUGCUUGCUCUUAAGGUGCACCAUGAGCCUGAAAGUUGUUCUCUGUGGAUUGUGAAUAUAAAUUUGUCCUGCCCUAAAGAUCGGUUGGUCCUAGGGAUCAGGCCCACCUUGUGUGCUCGUCUUAUUAGAUUGAAUCUAGAGGUUCUGUCUAGAUUUGUUUAGUUGUCUUGCUCUGCAUGUGAUGACUGUGACACUGCUUUUGCAUCUCCUUCCGUCAGCUAGUGGAGUUGCAGAGGAAGUAACGUCAGGAAGCAUUUUAGAGUGGGACCAAUGUUGCCCUGUAGGUGAAAAGUGUUAAUGUGAUGGGACUUGUUCAUUUGCAAUGGAGAAUAACCAUCUAAACAGGGUAAAACAGGAUCACUGUAAAAUAAUAAAAGUGUUUACACGGUGGGAACGUAUGGCUUCCAUCCCACCAGAGGAGAGUGAAAACUGCAGUGUCUCUUCACUGGGGAAAGGGACAGCUUUCUCUCAGAACCUUAUUCAUGGUAGGGGUGUAGCUCUCCUUAAGAUGGUGUUCCAGAAAGGCAACUGAACUGUACAGCAGUUAUUAAGGCAUGAAGGUGGUAUCUUGUGAUUCUGUGGAGAAGCCAAGACCAAAUCAAGGCAGAACGUGUCAAAGGAAACAGUCAGGUCUUUGAGAAAGACCUCACUCUGGUGAUUUGUAAACUGGGCUUUCUCCCCAUUCUUGCUAGGAUCAGGGAGGUGAGCUGACUGGUGAUUCCAUGGGCUCAUGGUCAAUUUGAACCUUUUGAACAGGGCUUAAAAACCUUACAAAUGUACAGACUCAGAUCUGUCUUUGCUGCCCAGGCAGCUCGAGAGAGCAGGAAAAAAAAACCUUUGAAAAGGGCCUUUUGAUUUUCCUUCAUUAAGCAAAUGUGAGAACAGCGUGUGAUAGGUAGAUGAUUGAACAGCAUGUCAAAUGGUUUGGUCAGUAAUGAACUGUGGGGAGACAGGUGUAAUCUGAGUUGUCUUCUUGCAAUAUCAUCAUGCUCUUCUUUCGAAUACCAUUGAGCGGAUUUUGCUAAACUUUGCAAUAAUGCUUUCCUGCAAAACAAUAACCGUGUUCAUAUGAAUAUACAUGAUGUCCAGAUGAACUUAACUCAUAUAGUUUAUUAUAUGGUAAUUAAAUGUGGCAACUUUAGUAACCUUGAAUUAUCCACUCCUGGGUAUGCUGUGAAACUGGAUUAAAGGACCACUUGUGUGGUUAGUAUAUCUACUCUUGACCUCUCUAUACAAAUCUGUGUGCGAUCAGACUAACAGCUCUUUCUAGAGAUCAGCUCAUUUCUGGGCAGAGCAGUGCAGGUACAUUUGUUACAAAUGUCUGCACCUUGUAGGACUCUGGAACCAUUCUGACUGGAGCAUAUUUCAUGUGAGGUCACCACCAUGUUCUGUGUGUAUGAAAGAGGUCUGAAACAUUAGAAGCAAUGAAGUUUGCCAAGAGCUUCAGAACUGUCUGUAUCGCCUGCUGGCCCCUAAUGUCCACACACUCUGGCAGCUACUCAGUAACGGAGACUCCGAUCAGACAGCUGGAUGGAUUGCAGGUUAGUGGACUGUGACUGAUGCGAGUGAGAAUGGUUCAAGAGGCCUGUCCACACUGGGCUUAACUUUGUAUGGUUUCUUAGAUUUUCUGUUUUCUAUUACUGUGAAUUUGUGCCUUUUUUGUCACCUUAUCUUCCAAUGCAGGUAUAUUGGAGAAUAAAAUAAAAUCCUACUCAAAAAUG